GCUCUGUGAUAAUGGCCUCGGGACUUGUGGGCUGAGCCUUCAAACCUUCUGAGGCUGGUGGUCUUAAUCUAAGAAGACUGAUACGGCCAACCACACACAUACAAAUAAAAUUGCUCACCCACCUUCGAGUUAACCGAGUUUAGCUGGGCUCCCAAGGUCCCUUCCAUUCCGCCACUUAUAACACCUGACUGACUCGCAGUGUUGCACAGGAAAUUACUUUGGAAAAACCAGGCUGGAGGGGAUUAUUGAAUUAUGCCAGAACCGUUCCGUGAGAAGAGAGGUGGAAUCAUUUGCCGCCACGGCAUCUACCGUCAGCUCCCGUGAAAUCGGCCAGCUGUUCGGAGCUAUUUUUACAGGGACCACAGCUGCAGAAGGCUAGCCGAGACACAUAGCAAACCAGCAAAUAUGAGAGUCCGUCUGUUAUUAUACGCACUACUGCUUCACCUGAUCCCAAGGGCCGGUUUCUGAGGCAGUAGCAAAGUCAAAGGUACCUGUGGGAGGUGAGCUCAGGACCCAGUGCACUAAUGAAGAACUGUACCAUCAUUAACCUAAAUUCCCCUAAUGGCCUGUAAUUAUAGAGAGUGCAUUGUCAGCAAGGGACAUUUAAGCUUUUCAUGGAGGGAGCACUUACCAUCAACCUUAUUACUCUAAAAAGACAUGUGGAAAAAAGCAUCAAACAGAUUUUCUUUAUCAUUACAAAGCUAAAAAGCAGGAGUACUGAGUAUAAAUGCAGGACAAGCUAAAAAUGAUCAUUAAUUUCAGGCAACCAGAAUCUAAUUCGACCACUCUUUAUGUUGUAUUAGCACCUUCUAAUAUGUUUUUUGUACACCGUGCACCCUGUAUUGUCUCGUAGCAGAGGAAAAGGAAAUUUGCAUCACUAAAGAAGCACAGGUGAUGGAACAUCGUUUAAAACACCUGGAGCAUAUAAGCAGAAAAGAGCUGGAGUGCUUAGAUGAAUUUCAGAGAAAGACUGGGGCACACAGCUUGCGGUCUGGAGUGCUGAAAGGACAUGUUUAUUUAGCCGGCUGAGUAUCGCUCCUGGUGUGAAGAUGAGCAAAUGUGCUCCAGCAGUCCUGAUGGUGUUUUUUAGCCAAGCUGCCCGCUUUCAGUACUCCUCCUCCUUAUUUCCCUUCGCAGACAACUCAUCGUGUACAUCCAGUCAGCACAUAACAUGCAUAAGCAGUCAGUGUGAAAUUUUUUAUAGAGAAAAUGCUGUGAACUGUUUUACGUACAAUUUUGCGUUACAUUUCCAGGCAUAUGAUUACAGGAACUGCCAAUCAUUCUUUGAAAUACAUAAUGCGGCAUUAUUCAUCUGGAGCGCCUGAACACAAUAUGUCUGUCAAUGGGCAAGGAGAAGCUUCAGCAAGAGGCACAAGUAUGGAGGGGGACUGUCUUAGUUGCAUCAAGUACCUCAUGUUCAUCUUCAACUUCUUUAUUUUUCUUGGAGGUUCAUUCCUUCUCGGGGUGGGAAUCUGGGUGCUGGUGGAUCCGACAGGUUUCCGGGAGAUUGUGGCAGCCAACCCUCUCCUGUUUACUGGAGUCUAUGCAAUUUUGAUCAUGGGCGGGAUGCUGUUCCUACUGGGAUUUCUGGGCUGCUGCGGAGCCAUACGAGAAAAUAAAUGUCUUCUACUGUUUUUCUUCAUGCUCAUACUCAUCAUAUUCCUGGCAGAGUUGGCGGUGGCCAUUCUGGCAUUCAUUUUCCGGGAGCAUCUCACCAGAGAUUACUUCACCAAGGAGUUGAAAACACAUUACCAAGGCACCAAUAGCACUGAUGUCUUCACCUCCACAUGGAACGCCAUUAUGACUACAUUUGAUUGCUGUGGGGUGAACAGUGCUGAAGACUUUGAUGAUCAGAGCCUCUUCAGACAGCUGAACCCCAGCAGACUAGUGCCAGAGGUCUGUUGCCAGAGGAACGAUCUGAUGAUGAGCAGAGAGGAGUGUCUCAAGGGAAUUAUGCCAAUCCGUAACAAGGGCUGUUAUUCAGCAGUGGUGGACUAUUUUGAGACAUACAUCUACAUGGCCGGAGCCCUUGCUAUUGUGGUGCUGACUAUUGAACUUUUUGCCAUGGUGUUUGCUAUGUGUUUGUUUAGGGGAAUCCAGUAAUCUUAACAUGCUGUAAAUUAAGGACAUUUCCAGGAGGAAGAACAUGGCAUGGCAUGGACGAAAUUUUGAAAUAAGAAAAAGAAGAAAACACUUAUAUAUUUGCCAUCUCUAUGUUGUUAUGUUGGAAUAUCUGAGAAUUGCCAAAAAUGUAUCGUACUUCACAGCUGGGACUUUGAGGUACUUGUGAAAUCAUUCGUAAAUUAAGGGUGGCAUCUAUGGCAGUCCUUUAAGGUUAAUGGAGGACACCUUGCACUGAUAUUUGGUUGAAUAUUUAUAGAUGACAAAAAGACUGAUUUGUAACAAGAUGUUUUACCUCUUAUCUACAGUAGAUUGUUCACCACUGCUCCAGAGCCAUGCUUAAAAACAACUACACUGUGUGAAUGGGAGUGUGUGUCUGUGAAACAGAGAAGAUUGGUUUGUGUGUGUGUGUGCUUGUUUCUGUAUAAAAUCCAAGAGGCCAGCAGCUUCUAUAAAGUAAUGUUUUGUGAGUUGCAACCAUGAAUAUUUUGUGAUUUUAGCAAAACUGUGCUGUAUCUGUGUUGUAUCUAUUGUACACAUGACAUUGAAUGAUAUAAAAAAAAUUAAAUAAACAUCUGCAGUGCUUAUUUGCAUUGUGUCCCAUCA